AUGGCGAAUGGGAUAGCAGCAGGCCUGCCUGAGACCGACCUCGACCGCCGCCUAAGCAGUUCAACCGUGAACAGUAACCAUAGCAACCCUAACCAACCAUAUGCUGCCGGUCCCAUCAUGCCUGAUCUAGACUCCAACCUGGCUCUGUCUAUGGGUCUUGGUGUGGGUGCAAACCUCGGGCUGGACACGGAUAUGGGCCUGGCGGCUACCGGCUUGGGAGUGGGGGGUAACUUGGGGCGUGAUAGUGGCUUGAAUGUUGACCAGGGUGUAGAAGCCUUGGCUGUAGAUCCCACAAACCUGCACGUGGGCGGCUUUGGAGGGUUCCUUGACAUGGGGAAUGCGGACUGGCAGAGUGAUUUCCUGCGGUCGUAUACCACCGGCGCUAACGAUCUAUUGGCGAACGGACUCGCGAGCACGCACUUACCUUCGGGAUUGAGUACUCAAGCUGACUUGGCCCUCGGCCCAGGUGCAAUGGGAGAGGUGCAGGGCAACGAACCCUCUCUCCUGGCCAACCUAAAUGAUAUCGAUGCCAACACCCUGGCGAAUUUGAAUCUGCCAGACUUGGACUUCCAGUCCCUCGCGACAGGCUUCCCGCCGCUUGAUCUAGGGUCAAACAACAACGGCUUGGACGGACCUCUUGCCUUGAAUCUGCCGUUAAACGUGGAUGGGGAUGUGGGCGGUCUCACUGGGGUCGUUCCGAAUGCCAUCCAACCCACAGAAGCGAUGGAAAACGCCGCACGGAUAAGCGCUAUGAUACAACAACAGCACAUGUCGCAGCAGAUGGCUUUGCUGAAUGACUUGAACGCGCACACAAACCCCUCAGUGGGUGUAGGGUUAAGUACAAUGGGCAUGGGGAACCUUCAUGCACAGCCAGCACUGAGUGAGGCCGAUACGGCCCUGUACCUACACAGAGAUGCUAGUACACGCACACAAAUGGGAGGUCAACCAGAUCAGACGCAUGCAGAUGAGAGCGAUCCAGGCACGAAGCAUUCAGUGGGGAGUGAUCCUCAAGUGUUCCGCACACCAACACAUCAACAGAUACUACUACGGUCACCGCUACAGCAGCCACCGCAAGUACACCCGUCGCAGGCUACGAACCAGGUAACCCAAAUGCACGCAUCGUUUGGCCUGGCCCAAACCACGGACUAUGGACUCACGCAGCCUCCGUUGAAUCAGCGUACACCACAAGGACCACACACAGCAGGACAUACCGAGACAUGGGGGGGGGGGACAGGCACACACGCACAGCAGCGCAGAUACACACGCACGCGGACAGACAGCACACACUCAGAGCCCCGCACAGACCCCGGAAAGAAUACCUGCUCGUGA